AUGUUUUCCCGGGCGACAAAAUUAAUCGUGAGGUCCUUCGGGCCACGUCAGUUCCAUAUUGGAAGACAGAACCUCAAGAAUGCUUUUACUGGCGACGCUGGAGAAAUUAGUUGGACGCUGUCGCAAUUGUUAAGAAAUAGCACAAAAUUGAACGUACUCGCGCUGUAUGAUUUAACGGCUGUUAUUAAACCAUUGCCUAAUCAACAUAGAAUACGUAAUUACUGUGAUCAACCAUUCAUACCAACUCAUUUAAAGGAUGCUAACCGAAAGAAGUCUAGCUCGAUAGAGGAUAGUAGUUCAGUUAUCACAAUUAAUAAUGCAAAGAAAGUUGGCGAUAGUAGUAUUCUCAAUUUCUUCAAUCGUCAAGCAGAUAAUGGAAAGGGCGAAAUAAAGGAAAUUAUGGAAGCUCUUUAUCGUUUACCAAUCGCCGAGGGAGUUCCGACGUUAAAUAACUCAUCGAUGCCUAAUGAAAUCACAAAGGCGGGCAACGCGCGCAGCGGACUGCGUCCUCACGCGAGACUCCUGGAUGAGAUCGGUCCUAACGGCACGAGAACUCAGCAAAGGGAUUGCGCCACGAUCCGCAAGUGGUUACCCGACUUGACGUGUUCGCCGUUUCAAGGAUACGUAAACUUUAUUGCGACAACGGAAACCUCGAGGAGGCAUCUUCCGAUUGAGGAUAACGGCAAGAUCGGGAAUUCAGUCCGCGACGCGAAAGAGAAUAAUUGUCGAUCAUUGCCGUCGACUUCGUUAAGCGACGACGGAAAGCCGACAAGAUUGAUCGGGAAGUUUAACAACACCGGAAUAGUUUCAGACGCAAAAACACUUCGCAGGACGGAAACGUUGACUAGCCGACUGAUGUCAGGAACGUUAUUAAAUAAUAAACCGAAAUGUCUGCGCGAUAUCUGUGGUCAAAGCGGAGGAUUCUGCGGCUGGCUUCCCACUAGGACGUUCGUUAGCGCGACGAACGACUGGAUUCCGAUAAAUCGCGAGGGAAAUCGUUUUUGGGGACGAUCGAGGAUCGAGGAUCUCCAGGAUAAUGCGAUAAUACCCGACGUUGUUAAGGGGGAAACUGGGACUCAGCGAACAUGGUUCGGAGAGGAGUCCGUUUUAUCAAAUUCGCAUGCCCAAAUCCGAUCGCGUUCGACGACUAUUUUGGAUUCCCAUCACCGGGGAAAUAUUCCCGUUGUAAACGAAGCGCUCGCCGUUCCCGUUUACGACGCACCCCCCGCCAGGACGGUUCUCUUCACGUCGAAGGAGUUCUGCGACUCGAAGUCCAAUAUUCGGCGCAAGUUGGAGAAGAUCUGCGCGGCGUUGAGCAGACUUCGCAAGAGGAAGGACAAAGACGACAUCUGCGAGAAGAGGCAGAAGUCCUGCAGUACGGCGGAGGAAACGUGUCAGGAGAGGAGGGAAGCAUGCGAAGGAAGGUCAACGGAUUGCUCCGCGAGGUGCGAACAGGCGUGUGGAAAGCAAACAACGGUUCUUUGCAGCGGCGGAAAAAGUUCUUCUUGCGGCGUUAAAGAUGACCGUGAUGUCUGUGAGACCCGGAAAGAGAAGUGCAGUCAGAAGCGAUCGUGGUGUAAGGGCAAUAACAACUGUGGAGCAAAGGUGGAUCCUUGCAAGAAGAAGGCUCCCUGCAACGACUCGAAGAAAGAUACGUGCGGAAAGACCAAAGAAGAGAGAUGCGGCAAGAGGGAGAAUAGGCAUACAAUGUGCAAAGACAAGAAAAAGAAAGUCUGUUUUGAUAUAAAGAAAGCCCGGCCCCAGCCUAAGGAGGAAGAAUGUCCGCCCUUACGACUGAAAACGGAAAGUUCCGACGGCAGGUUCCGAGAACGCGGAACGAUCGGUGAAAGAAGAGAGGGCUCGAGCCCGCCGGCGAGAUCUGCGGUAGAGUUAUCCGUAAACGGGAGAUCGAUCGAACGCGGUGAGAGCGAAGCCAACAGGGGUCCUUUAUACACGAUCGCCUCGUCGCGUCGUCGUUACGACAGCCGUCAGCCCGAGGAACCUGGGUUAUCGUGCGGCGACAGGUCGAGCAAUGACAAUUAUUUCCCUCAAGGCGAGGAUUUCGAGGACGAGAUCGUUAGGGACGAUCAUCGGAACACGUCUGAGAGAACACGGGAGAAAGAGCCGCGGCAGUUCGACGACGAAAGCGACAAUUUCGCGCCCACGUUGCUGAUGCUCCGGAAUGACGAAGGACGUGUCGGCGGGGAUGCGUUGACGAGGUUCAUCACGCACACGUACUCGUCGAGUGUGACGGAGGCCGGGCACGCGAUGUCGAAGGGAGCUUUCGAGAAGGACGCCGUCGAGAAACUGCAGAUUCUGAUCGAAAAGGCAAUCGGUGGCACCGGACUGCGGCUGGGCGAGUCAGAUUGCGGCGAGGGUCCACCGGUUCGACCGACGAAGAAUCCGUGCGACCCACCUAAGGGCCCCUGUCGGCCGAGCGAUCCACCGGGUUAUCCCGCUUCGAAACCGCAGAGAAAACCCAAGAGAAAACCAUUCUGCGUUAAAUGCCCGCCCAAGAAACCGUGCAAGAAUAAUUCUUGUUAA